GAAGCAGGCAGGCUGGGGAAGUUGCACCUCGUCGCGGGAGGCGAGCGCUCCGCCACAGAAGCCUCUUUCCUGAUCGGGAGUUGGGAACCUCCGCCGCGCUCCCCCUGCGAAGGAACCGCGGGGCGCCUACCGGAGCGGGCGUGUGAGACCUGGCCUUUGGUCGCCGGUCCAAGUCCCUGCUGAAGUGCUCUUAGGAUGAGAUCAUAUUUUCUAGAAAAACCAGAGGAGAAAAAAAUAUGCAGAAUUUCUGAAAAGUGAGCUAUGCCCUCUUCUGGAGUUGUUCAAAAGUAGGGCCAUGAAUCUGAAACUAAUAUAUGUAUCUGUACUGGCGUUUGGAGUAGCAGGUCUAAUUGUCUUCACAUAUCUGCAAAGCUGCAUUGAAGAUCAACGUACAGGAUCUGAAGAAAAAAUGCAACUGCAGAUGAUUAAUCAGCAGGAUUUUGGAAGCUAUUCUACUGAGGAAUCUGAAAAAGCAAAAGAAAAUUGGAUUGCAGGAAAGUAUUUUCACAAAGACAGUAAAGCUUUGAUUGAGAGUGAAGGUUAUCAGGAGCCCAAUCAUUUUGAGAACAGAACAGAAGAUUCUUUGACUACUAAUUUUUCUGAAGACCCAAAGAAGGUUCUUAAACAGCUCAGAGGAAUGAAUUUUUCUUCCAACAAGCAUUAUUUAAAUAAAUUCUUUAAUAGGAACAAUAACUGGAAAGUGACCAAUGAGAUACAAGAGAGGCGGAAAUUUCUUCUUCGUGAUAUUUGCCAAAAAUACGUUAAAAAAACCCAAAUUCCUCUUGUGCACAUGGUCUCUAGAAUAUAUGUGGAAGAUAAAUACAAGGUCUUGUAUUGUGAGGUUCCUAAAGCAGGCUGUUCCAAUUGGAAAAGGAUUCUGAUGAUACUUGGUGGUCUCGCAAAUUCUGCUGCUAAUAUUUCCCAUAAUAGCGUACACUAUGGAGGUAAUCUGAAUAAACUAGAUAGUUAUAAUUUAACAGAGAUACAGAAGCGUUUAAAAACAUAUACUAAAAUUAUAUUUGUCCGUGAUCCAAUGGAAAGGUUGGUGUCUGCUUUUCGGGAUAAGUUUGAACAUCCAAACAUUUAUUACCAUCCUGUAUUUGGGAAGGCAAUUAUUAAGAAAUACAGACCUAAUGCAGAUAAAAAGGCAUUGACAACUGGCUCAGGAGUGAAAUUUAAAGAAUUUAUACAAUAUCUAUUAGAUCCCUAUCGGCCAUUAGGUAUGGAUAUACAUUGGGAGCAAAUCAACAAACUGUGUUAUCCUUGUGAUAUCGAUUAUAAUUUCAUUGGCAAAUUUGAAACUCUGGAAAAAGACGCCAAUUAUAUUUUGAAACUGAUAAAUGCUCCAGAUGAGGUCCAAUUCCCUCAUUUCAAAGACAGACACUCCACAGACAAAAGAACCAAUUCAGAAGUUAUAAGGAAAUACUUGUCAGAAAUUCCUGCUGCAGAGAGGCUGCAGGUUUAUGGCUUUUAUUACCUGGAUUAUCUAAUGUUUAACUAUACUAUACCAUAUAAGGCAUUCCAAUCUGAUUUAAUGCAUAAUCAGCCUUACCUAUAACUUAUGAAGAAAAGUAUAUUUUUUUAAAAUGGAGAAGCUUUUGAUUUGUUAAAAUUUUCAUAAAUGUAAGUGCCUAAAAUUUAAGAAAUAACGUAUUACACUGUGAUGUCUGGGAAUAAUAAUUUCAUAUUAGAAAAUUAUAGAAUAUAAUGCAAUAUAAUUAAGAUAAGAGAUAUUAAAACAAUUGUAUUUUAUUUAUAUCCACUGCUGCAAAUGCAUUUUUCUACAUUCCAGGGAACAGCACUUAAAAGCUGGAUUUAUAAAUCUGAGAUAAGUUUUUUUUAUUAUCAACGGAUAGUGCUUGGAAAUAAUAUAUACUCCAACUACUGAUUUUCCUACUGUUUUUUUUUAUUAUUAUUAUUAUUGGCCAGAAUUGUAGAUAAAAGCACACUAAAAGUAAAAAUAAAUAGUAAAUAGUUUACUAGAUAAUAAAAUACCUACCUUCACUACUGUAAUAUCAACUAUAAGACAAACAAUUCUUCAUUGUACACCUCACAUGGUGAUUUUGACAAUUUAAACAUACCUUUAUAUACAUCUUUAAUUACAUCUUUAAAUGCAUCUUUAUUAAAUACACCUUUAAAUAUUAAAUACAUCUUUAAAUACAC